AUGGACCGGCACGAUCCAUAUUCUGUUGUGGAUGAGCUGCUGCCGCACAGUGAGUCUACUGAAGGGUCGAAUGCAAAUCCCCGGAAGAGGAAGAAGAGCUCGCGAGCAUGCGACUUUUGCCACACCAACCACCAGCCGUGCGACAAUGCAAAGCCAAGAUGCAGCUACUGUCUGCGGCAUGGCAAGUCCUGUCUCUACCUGCGCCCGCAGAAGAAGCGAGGCCCGGCACAGGGCUACCGGAGCGCGCUCCACACCAUGCGUGAGAGUGCAGCCGCAUGGGGCGCUGCCCUGACCCUGAUCCCCAGCCUGGGUCCCGUUGUCGAGGGCUACCUGAAGCAGCCCGAGGGCAAGCGUCUCGUCCGAGCCAUCCGGGACCCCCAGCAGCAGGAGUUCUUCAUCCAAGCCUGGCAGCAGAGCACCGUCUUCAAGACCUUUUUCGGCGACGAAGCCGGCUCCGAGGCCGGUGAUGAUGCCAGCCUCUGCAACACAGCCGCUGUCGGCGCCGACGAAAAUGCUGCUGUUAACGGCCUUGGCACAAUCCCUCUGGCACGGCCCAAAUUUACGGCAGAAAAGAUUAUAGUGGCCGGACACGGACAGAGACCGAGAUCAGCAUCAGCAGGGUUGCCCGUAAAAUCAGAUGCCGCUGCCGGAGAGCUAUAUCCACAACCUGCUUCAGUGUAUUCGGAGCUGGCGUCAGAAGCCUUCUCCGUGCACGAGCAGAGUAUAUUAGAACUCGAACCGGAGCCUAUUCUCACUCAUCGGGCGCAGCAGCAACAGCAGCAACAGAGCGUUACACAGGCGCCGUUGCCUUUGCAUGACGAUGACGACAGGCAGUUGUCCAACAGCAGCUUUUCCGAGUUUGGGCUGGGUCCCAUGUCCUUCUCAGACAUUGUCGCCCGUGAUGCGGCACGGUCAUCGAACAGCUUCUCCCAGACGUUGGGCUCGCUGGGAUUUGCGCCAGACGAGACGUUCAACGACUUCUUGGCUAUUAGUUAUAACCCGGACCCAGUGGCCGAACCCGCCGACGCUGAUCCGCUGCUCGGCAGUGAGAUGGACCAGAAGACCUAUUAUGAGCUACUCAUGGGCAGGCAGUUUACAUGA